GCUUAUUAUUUUAGUUUUAUCGGAUGAUCGAUUAUUUCGAUUAAUCGAGGAAUAAUCUUACAUUACUUGUUGUAAUAUUUAUAUUAUUACAGUAAGUAUAAAUAUAUAGCUAUUGAUAGCAACAUAUUUUAUCAUGUCCAUAGAUCUCUCGUGGUGGGAAAAACCACCUCCAAUUGUAGAGGACAAUGAAGACCUGCUCAGGAAGUACGUUUUAGACCCAGCUAUUCCUACUAAUGAACCAAGACUGCAUUUUUGUCCAAGAGUUCCUGAUAUCGACACUUUAUAUGAUAUACCCCAUGCUCCUGUUAGCUCUCGUGUAGUUCCAACCAGAAGCUAUGAAACAGGCGAGAUCAUUAAUUUUAUCGAGGUACCCAUUCAAAAUGCGGGAAGCAAUGCUAAAAAUUCUAUGUCUAUGCAAAGAGAACCCGGUCCAGCAGAAGAUUCAACGAGAGGCUCUGCCUCAAAUUUUCCUUUUUGGCCUGGAGGGUUUGACGAGCCGGAACAAAUCAUACAGUUAAUUGAUGUUGACAACAUUGUCUUUGAAAAGAAUUUCAAAACAUGCCCACCAGGAUUCACGAGUGGGCUACAUUUUACCAAACAGGGAUGUUCGCAAGCUGGUAUUGUUGAUCUGCUUUCUAUCGUUGAGCAAGAAGUUACUAUUUUACAAUUGGAUAGCAAUGACAAUGAUGAACAGAUUGCCUACAAAGCUGAUGAUCCUCAAAAACUCGGUAUCAAGUCUAUGGUUGAUGAUUUUUUAUUUGACACAGAAGAAAAUUCAGAAAAGAAAGUGCUUAAAAUUGCAGACAUUAAAACCAAUACUCCUACAACUGCAGAAUGGGCAGAAAUUAUGAAUGUAUCUAAACCUGUGGCUGACUUUCAUCUGAAAGUCCCUAAUAUGGCUCAUGAAUAUCCCUUCGAGCUGGAUAUCUUUCAAAAACAAGCUAUUAUAAAACUGGAGGAACACAAUCACGUUUUUGUGGCUGCACAUACAUCCGCCGGGAAAACAGUUGUGGCUGAAUAUGCUAUUGCUUUAUCGAAAAAACACAUGACUAAAAGUAUUUACACAUCCCCUAUAAAGGCAUUAUCUAAUCAGAAGUAUCGCGACUUCAAAACCAUUUUCAAGGAUGUUGGGCUAAUAACGGGAGAUAUUCAAAUAGAUCCCACAGCUUCCUGUUUAAUCAUGACAACAGAAAUUCUUCGUUCAAUGUUGUAUUGUGGUAGCGAUAUAACUCGAGAUUUGGAAUAUGUUAUAUUCGAUGAAGUUCAUUACAUAACGGAUGCUGAUCGUGGACAUGUUUGGGAGGAAGUUCUUAUAUUACUGCCUGAUCAUGUGUGCAUUGUAAUGCUGAGUGCAACAGUACCAAAUACAUUGGAAUUUGCAAACUGGGUUGGUAAAACUAAAAAGAAGCGUGUUUUUGUUGUUAGUACACCAAAGAGACCAGUUCCGCUAAAACAUUAUCUGUACACAGGUUGCGGUGGAAAAUCCAAAAACGAUAUUUUUCAAAUAGUAAAUGAGUUCAAUACGUUUUUAUUCGAUGGCUACAAAAAAGCAAAAGAAGCUUCUACGGCAAAACAAGCGAAAAAUAACACAAGAGUUCCUAAUCGCCAAGGCCAGUUCAACCAUAAACAAGAACAAACUCUUUGGAUUGGUUUGAUCGAUUACCUUCAAAAAACGGACAAUCUACCGGUGGUUGCGUUCACCCUUUCCCGUAAUCGCUGUGAUAACAAUGCAAAUGCGCUAAUGUCAUGUGACUUAACAACAGCUAGAGAAAAAUAUUUUAUUACAUCAUUCUUUCAGUCAUGUUUACAAAGGCUGAAAGGACCAGAUCGUGUACUUCCGCAAGUUAUUCAAAUUCAAAACUGUCUUCAGCGUGGAAUCGGAAUCCAUCACAGUGGGAUAUUGCCUAUCCUCAAAGAGAUAGUUGAAAUGCUCUUCGCUCGUGGUUUAGUGAAAAUAUUGUUCGCCACCGAAACAUUUGCUAUGGGUGUCAAUAUGCCUGCUAAGACUGUUGUGUUUGAUUCAACUAAAAAGUUCGAUGGUCAAACAACACGAAUGUUACGGCCGGCUGAAUACACACAAAUGGCGGGUCGUGCAGGACGACGAGGGUUAGAUUCAGACGGCACUGUUAUAAUUAUUUGCAAAAUGAAUGUUCCCGAAGAAAAUGAUUUGAAGAAUAUGAUAUUAGGAAAACCAAUGCGGUUGGAGUCUCAGUUUCGAUUAACUUAUGCCAUGAUUUUAUAUUUAUUGCGUGUUGAGCUAGUUACAGUCGAAAAUAUGAUGCGGCAUAGUUUUAGAGAAUUUGGGAAACAAUUGAAGUUGCCGGAAAAUAAAUUUGAACUCAGCAAAAUGGAAAAGAAAAUUUCGGAACUUUGCAAGUUAGGCGACCAUAUGCAACCAUUGUGUAAAUUUUAUGAUGCUGCAGCGGAAUACCUUGACAAUUGGAUCCAGUUAAUGCCAUCAAUGUUUCUUUCACAAAAAAUUUCCAACGAGAUGAAGCCUGGCCGUAUUUUGGUUGUUGCCCACAAAUAUUACAACAAAUUGGCCAUUUUACUAUCGAUUGAUCAUAAAUCUGCUAUAUUCAAAGUACUUGUGCUAAGCAACCAAUCAGCAACCGCUACUACUGAGAUAGAUAUGUUGGAUCGUGGUGAACUCUGGUAUCGUAUGUUGAGUUUAUCCGCUCAAUACAGAACCUUUGUACCUGAAGAAAUUGGUGGUCAUUGUGUGCUACAGAUAUCAAAUCGCGAUAUAAUGAAUGUUACCAAACAUUCCAUUAAAUGUGAUCCGACAAAAAUUAUACAGAAUUGGGAUAAUAGACAGAUACCCAGAUUUAAAGAUCAACCUCCAUCUCAAUCUGUGCUCGAUGCAGUAGUCGCUCUCACUGAGUUAAAUACCUCUAUAGCUAAUCAAACAAUACAAUUAGAAAGCAUAAAAUUCCAGUGGAAUUUAAGUCAACUCAAACAAAGCGAAAAUUUAAAAGCUGCGAAACAAAACUUGCAGCAUUACAUCCCAUAUACUGAUACUUCCAACUUUACACAUGAUUUCGCUAUUGUUUUUGAUCGCAAGCAGUUGGAAAAAAAGAUGGAAGAUCUUCGGUUUCAGGUGUCGUAUAAGAGCAUGUCCUUAUAUCCUGAUUAUUGUAACAAAUUAAAGGUUCUUCAAGAGUUAAAAUACAUCGAUGAUAUGCAACAAGUUGCUAUGAAAGGACGCGUGGCAUGUGAAAUGGGGCAGAAUGAACUGAUUAUAACAGAAUUGGUUCUACGAAAUAUUCUCACCGAUUUACAACCGGCAGAAAUCGCUGCUCUGCUUUCCAGUUUAGUGUUCCAGGCAAAAACAGAGGUGGACCCUAAAAUGACCGAAACUGUAGAAAAGGCUAAGAAAAUGUUUGAAGAAGUAGAAAAUGACAUUUGCUAUAUUGAAAAACUACAUGGUGUAAGUGAUAUGCAAGAAAGUGAUAAAUUAAAUUUCGGAUUAGUCGAAGUAGUAUACGAAUGGGCACGAAACAAACCAUUCGCAGAAAUCAUGGAGCUAACAGAUAUUAAGGAGGGGAUCAUUGUGCGAUGUAUACAACAAUUAAACGAAACUUUAUGUAAUGUGAAGGAUGCAGCACGGAUAAUUGGAGAUCCGGUAUUACAUAACAAGAUGGAAGAAGCCUCAAAUGCAAUCAAACGAGAUAUUGUUUUCGCUGCAAGUUUAUAUACAUCUAGAACACCAAUUGAGGUUGGUGAAGACCUAGAAUAACACGUGAAGAAUUUCCGACCGAUUGUUUCAAUUUUUGUUGAAGAUAGUUGUUGCGUGAUAUAUUAAAUACACAACCAAAUUCAAUAUUUGAAAACAUCGAAAA